GACACAAACAGGCAGACCAGCUCUUCUGAAAUCAGAGUGGCUGAAAACAUCAAGAGGACUCUAAAAUACACAGAAAAACAACAUUGGGGAACUGCAAAGGCAAGAGCUGGAGGAUUCUACCAAGAUGGAGGAGUGUGAGAGUCUGGACUCUGAGAUGACAGAGCUGCAGGAGUUUCAGUACGAGGCCUCAGAGGCCAUCAGCCAGGACGAUGAAGACGAGGUGGAGGAACUGCAAAACAGUCUGCGAGAGGUUGUGCAGGACCAGUCUGUGAAGCCCAAACUCCAGUGCCUUAUGGUGGAUCCGUCGUUCUCCAUGGUAACUGUUCAAAGUGAGGAUAGUGGCAUUGUUUGGGAGACGGCCUCUAGCCGCUGCUCUACCCCUUGGGCCUCUGAGACCAGCUCCACCUCUGAAUCCUACAGCAUGGAGGGCCCUGGAGCGGCAGGAAAGAUCACCAUCGUCUUUGAUGAGGAGAAAAUAGUCCGCAGGAGGAUAAGGUCUGGAGGAAGGAGUAGCAGACUGGGGGACAGGCUGAGCCGACCUGGUAGUUCAAGAUCGGCUUCAGCUCUGGGAGCGGAGAGACCGGAGAUGGCGGAGGUUUCCCUUCCCAAUGUCAAACAGGAGAAAAUCGAAACAGAACCGGACUUGGAGGAAAUCAAAAACAAAGAUCAGCAGCUGUUUAGUUUGAUUUCAGAGGGUUAUGAGAUUCUCAAUAUCAGAGUCCCCUCCAAACUUCCCACUGUGGAUGAGGAAGAGAGCACAGAGCUGCAGGACAAUUUGUCUUAUUUGGACGAGACUCCAAAGAUCAGGUCUCGGCAACAGUAUCAUGUUAUGCCAGAGGAAGGGGUAAUACUUGUUCACCAAGAGCCCUCAGAGCAAGACUAUUCUCAGCCGUCAGUUGAAACAGAGCUCAGACACACACCCACUCAGAAAGAGAGCACCAGCGACAUAGACUACUUUGAAAAGUUUACCUUGCUCGAUGAGGUGGUCCCUGGGGAACAAGCUCCAGAACUGCAGGAGGCGGCAGAACAGCCUACAGCAAAGCCCCCAGUAGAGGAUCAAAAGCCAGCUAAAGAGACAGCCACAGACAGCCCCUCUGCAUCAGAAGAUUCUUUUGUCUUUGUUACAGAUGUGGAGAUAGCCGGGGAACACCUAGAUGAGGUCUUCUACGGAGAAGCACCUCCUGCUGAUGCACUGCAGCGGAGAGAUGAUGAUGAGGUGGAGGGUAGAGCAGGGAUGAGAAUGAGACGAGAGAGCCAGAGAUCUGGUAAGGAGAGUGGUUCAGUGUUGUUUGGGAGUGAAGAGACCAUCCUCACGCCCAUCUUUAUCUCCUCUGGACCCCCUAAGAUCAUUGACCUCAUCCUGCUGGAGGAGCCCACCGCCAUGUCCUUCAUGUACUCAGACCUUUAUGAGGAUGCUGUAGGCGAAAGGCGAAAGAGUGAUGAGGAAUACUCUGAGGCAGAGAGCGUAGCAUCGGAGACGUCUUAUAAGAGACGUUUGUCAGAUUCAGAGGAAGGGCACGGGUACCUGGAGAAGUUUAUUUUGAAGGAUGAAACUCCCACUGUGGAGGUACAACCAGAGCCAGCGGAGGAUGAGAUGGAGGGGAGGAGGAUGUGGUCACAGAAUAAGUUUGAAAUGACAGGAUGUCUGACAAGAGUGGUCAAAGAAGACGAAGACGAGGACAAGAUAAAGACAGAGGAACCAAAGACACAGGAGGUCAGUUUUGGAGGUAGGAGUGAAAAUUUAAAAUCAGCUACAUUCAAAGAGAAAAGAGAAAUAGUUACAGAACCAGAGAGGGAGAAGGAGGAAAUACACAUCUCCUUGGUGACUGAGGAACAGGCUGUCGGAGAAGCCUCAGAAGAAUCUAUUCAGGAGUCCAAACUGAGAAAGGAUCAGAUGGAUGAUCAGAAAGUGGAACAUGAGGAAAAGAGAGAUCAGACUGACUGUCCUGAGAGCGGCACUGAUAAACCACUUCCCGAAAUGCAACAGGUGGACAGUAAAGUAGAAAAAACAGAGGAGUGUGAGAAGCAUCAGAGAGAAGUGUCGGCAGAAACAACUAGCGUUAUUGAAACUGAGCAGCCAUGUCAGAUACAAGAAGCGAUUGAAAAAACAGCCCAGGUGGUUGCAAAUGCGACAGAAAAGACAGCUGUGAUAGCACCUGUAAGCGAUGAAGUGCCUCACAUCAUCCCUCAAUCUGAAAUACUAACGGAAACCCCUGAGAAGAGUUUGUCUGAGGAGGCACUUACUGACACUAAGAUGAUGGCUGCUGAAGAGAGAGUAGUAGCUGAGGCCAAAGCAGAGGCACCAGCAGAAGCGAAAGAACCUGAGACUAAAAGACAGGAAAUGCUCACCUCUACUGCAAUAGAUACAUCAGCUGAAACAUCGCUAUGUGAGGAUAAAGAAGCAGCAGCAGUUGUUUCUGAAGACGUUGCUCCUGUUGAGGUUAUCACUGACUGUAGUUCAACAGUACACGCAGUAGUGGAGGUAACUGAAAAAGCAGUGGAUGAAAAAAAGAUCCAAACUCAGGUUCAGAUUGAUCUUCAGGAGGUAACAAGUGUUGUGACAACAGAUGUUCAAACAGCAGCUCCUGAAGGAGAAGAAGAACGUGAGGCUCUAACAGAGGAUACUGCAGUUCAGAGCCAACAUAUUACAAAAGCUGAUCAGGAGUCAGAGGUUAAAACAGAGAUUUCAAGUGAAGUAUGCAAACCUGUGACAGACUCGGAUACGAAACAGCAUGACAUUCUUGAGACCAAGCAGCAUCAACAAGAGUCAGUAACUGACUGCGAUUCAGACAAAACAAAGCUGAUAACUGAAGCUGAAGCUAAAACAUCCACAGAGGACACUGAGACUGUUAUUCAGGAGAUGGUGAAUGUAGAUGAUGACUUAAUCCUCCUUAUCCCGAAAGGGCAAGCUGUAGAGAUGGACAUAGGGAUUAGUCAGUGGUCAGAGAAGACUACAAAUUAUACAGUAACACUCUCUGAACCUGACAGCACAUGUGAACGUCUCAUAGCACCUGAAACCACCACCAUAUGUUCAGAGGAGCUUCAGGCACCAACUGAGGAAACAGUGACAGAGCCUCAACUAGAAAUAAAACCAGAAGUUGUUCUAAAGGAAGAAGCACUACCCAGUAAUGAGUUAGCCAGUAAGUACUCUCCUCCUUUACCUGUGGAGGAGGCCAACACAGAGGAGCAGAAGGUGGAGCAGGACUUCGAGGAAGACGUGACCAUCUUUUCCCCUCUGAGGAGCUUGACUCCCCCAGAGGAUUUGUGUUGGCUGCACAGAGACUAUACAACAUCAGAAGCAGCAGACUUAGAAAAAAAGGCAGAGAUGCACAAGAUGAAAGUGACCCUCGUAACAGACAUUGUUAAAGAGGAUUCAAGUCCACAGAUUGAGCUGCACAGAGAUGUUGUAGGGCAAAAGAUGGAGCAAGAUGAAGCAGUUGCGGAGGCUCCAGAGGUGACUGUUGAGGAGCUUGAAUAUGAGGUAAUAUCUAAACAGGAUGCAAAAGAAAUGCCGGAACCUGAAACACAAAGAGGUGAAGAGGAACCAGUGGGUGAAAAAGAGAUCCAAACUCAGGUUCAGAUUUAUCUUCAGGAGGUAACAAGUGUUGUGACAACAGAUGUUCAAACAGCAGCUCCUGAAGGAGAAGAAGAACGUGAGGCUCUAACAGAGGAUACGGCAGUUCAAAGCCAACAUAUUACAGAAGCUGAUCAGGAGUCAGAGGUUAAAAUGGAGAUUUCAAGUGAAGUAUGCAAACCUGUGAUGCCAGAAGAAGUCAAGACAGACUCAGAUAAAAAACAGCAUGACAUUCUUGAGACCAAGCAGCAUCAACAAGAGGAAUCAGUAACUGAGGUGCUUGAAUAUGAGGUAAUAUCUAAACAGGAUGCAAAAGAGAUGCCGGAGCCUGAAACACAAAGAGGUGAAGAGGAACCAAAACCUGAGUCUGGUCAGCAGAGAGAAGAAAGGAUGGAGAUGGAGAUGGAGAAGGAGAACAAAGUAUUUGAUCUGUCCCCAGAAGAAGAGCUCAUUGAGGCUGACUAUGAAAUCUUUGAUGAAGAGGAGGAGAGUCAGGCACGACUGGCUGCUGAGCUGGAGGGGAUGGACUGGUUCUGUCUCACUUGUGGAUGUCUGCUGUCAAAGGACGACUGUGUCUCUGGAGAGCAUCACAGCCAUGAGGUGACUGGUGUGGACAAAGCCUACGAGGAAAUCAAGGAGAAGCUGAGUGACUGGAUCUCAGAGCUUCAGGGGAGGUCAGAGAACACAGAGGACCUGGUGUCUGAGCUUGAACUGGCCUACAACUCUGUAGAGGACCAGUGUGUGGAGAUCGAGGCAGCGAUGCAGGCGCAGAAUGAGGAGAUGAUGGCUCUGGUAAUGGAGCAGUACAACAACAUGUCUGUCAGCAUGGAAGAGGAGAAGAAGGCCAAGCUGGAGCAGCUAUAUGACCAGAUUGUCUCCUUCCAGGAGAGCAUCGACUCUGCCAAGGCCACACUAGAGACCACGGCCAGGGAGGCUGAGACUGAAGCACGGUCACCCGAAGACAUUCAUGCAAGGCUCAAGGCAGCUCUGGACUCUGCCAUGUCACUGGAGCUGGGUCCCAAGGGACUGCUGGUGUUCGAGGACUAUGCCAAGGGCAACACUUCCAGCUCUCACCUCGCACAGCGCAAGGGAAUCCCAGUGCCUCAGAGGCCUACGCUGCAGCCUCAGGAGCCAGGCUCAGCCACCAGCACCAGCGUCACUGUUUAUUGGAAAGUCAACCCUGGAGAUAUCAUAGACUGCUUCCAGGUGUACUGCAUGGAGGAUCCUCAAGGAGCUGUGUCAGAGGAGUACCGUGUGACAGUGAAGGAAAGUUAUUGUGUCCUGGAGGAGCUGGAACCUGACAAGACCUACAAGGUCUGGGUGAUGGCUGUCAACUAUACAGGCUGCUCUCUGCCCAGCGAGAGACUCGCCUUCAGAACUGCUCCAUCAGUGCCAGUGAUUGAUACAGAGCGCUGUACUGUCAUGUGGGAUUCAGCCACGCUGCGGUGGAGCUCAAAAAAACAGACUCUCGAACAGAGUUACACCUUGGAGUACAGCCACCAGUAUGAACUGGAGGGAGAGGGGCUCAGGUCCAUCUCAGGUAUCAAACAUUGUGAACAUAGGGUUCUCCUGCAGCCCAAUGUGAAUUAUCUCUUCUAUAUAAAAGCUGUAAAUGAAGCUGGAGCCAGCGAACAGAGCGAGGCUGCACUCAUUUCCACCAAAGGGACAAGGUUCCACCUGCUGAAAGCCUCAGCUCACCCCGCUUUGGAGCUGUCAGUUGACCAGACCACCCUGCACUACUCUCAGGAUACACACGAAAACACACCAUCUACAGACACGCCGUGUCCAUCCAUCCUGGGUGAGUUGUUGCCGGCACAAGGACAUUACUACUGGGAGACCAUUGUGUCAGGAAGCACAGCUUACAGGCUUGGAGUGGCAUACAGCUCAGCCAAUAGAAACAGCUCACUGGGGGAGAACAGCCAGUCAUGGUGUUUGCAGUGUGUCCCUACACCAUCAGGCUGCAGGUAUCAAUUGCUCCACAAUGACGUUUUGUCCAGUGUGUUUGUGAUUGAGAUGCCUGAGCGAGUGGGAACUCUCCUGGAUUACCAACUCGGUUGUCUGUCUUUCUACAAUGCCCAAAGCGGUCAGUUGUUAGGCACUUUCUCCCAGCGCUUCACCCAGCCGUGCCAGCCUGCUCUGGCCUUGGAGAUGCCGGGCAGCCUGGAGGUCUGCAUGGUGCCGGAGAAGCCGGUGUUUAUCAAGGACAGCUAGCUCAGCUAAAUGCCUCACACACCGAGGAGUUUACAGUUCAUGCUGGACAUAUAUUGAUUUGAAUGAUCUGAAAAUGACUAUUAUUGUGAGAAAUCUGCAGAUCUGACAGGACAUACAAUAUACUGAUAGCCACAAAAAAGGCAGGAGACAUACUGGCUCCCAUUCUUCUAAGAGGCCUCAUUAAUCGGUUUGUGUGUUUUUAGUGCAUCAUUGCAAAACAAGGAUUCUCUGAUUGAAUAGGGAUUCAAUUCAACAUUUAUAUCUUUUGGUAACAGAAAUAAAAUGGUAAAUAUCAAAAACAGAGGCAGUGAAAAUGAAUGAUGGCAGUGUGAAAUACAACUGGACUGAAAUUUAGUGCCUUGAACUUUUUUAACAGGUGAGUGUCGCGAGUAUUUUGUUCAACCAAGGGAGAUGUGAAAUGUAAUUUUUACCAUAACUUAUGCUGAUAUGAUAGUUUUGUACUGUUCUGUAAAUGUUCUGAUUACUGUUACUCAUUUUCAGUUUUCUCCUCUUUAUCCAAACCCUUAGUGACAGCUUCCAUGAGUAAAGGGUCUGACUGCACAUUGAAGUCAAACACACACUGUGUCAUUAUUGAGACAAACAGUAGUUAAAAAUCCUUUAAGGGAAUUUAUAGCGCCAAGAAAUAUACUGUAGAACUUGAACUGUGUUUCAUAUUGUGAAUUUGUGUAAAUAACCUUUGUAAACAGAUGUGAUCAAUUCUAUAUUUUGUUAUGUGCAACUCACAGCAAGUGGAGAUUAAUUGUUUUCCUUUCCCUGUCUUGUAAACUGAUUUUCACAUCUGA